GAAGCGGCGGCGCCGCGUGCUGGGGACGGACGCGGCUCGGGCGCCACCAUGGCAGUGCGCGCCAGCUUCGAGAACAACAACGAGCUGGGCUGCUUCGCCAAGCUCACCAACGCCUACUGCCUCGUGGCCAUCGGCGGCUCCGAGAACUUCUACAGCGUCUUCGAGGGGGAGCUCUUCGGGACCAUCCCGGUGGUGCACGCCUCCAUCGCCGGCUGCCGCAUCAUCGGCCGCAUGUGUGUGGGGAACAGGCAUGGACUGUUAGUCCCAAGCAGUACUACAGACCAAGAGCUUCAACAUAUCCGCAAUAGUCUUCCAGAUUCUGUACGAAUUCAGCGAGUAGAAGAGCGGCUCUCAGCUCUGGGCAAUGUCACUACUUGCAAUGACUACGUAGCUCUUGUUCAUCCAGAUCUUGACAGGGAGACAGAAGAGAUCUUGGCUGAUGUACUAAAAGUUGAGGUUUUCAGACAAACGGUAGCAGAUCAGGUGCUGGUAGGAAGUUACUGUGUUUUUAGUAACCAAGGAGGACUUGUACAUCCCAAAACAUCAAUUGAUGAUCAGGAUGAACUCUCUUCAUUGCUUCAGGUCCCACUUGUGGCGGGAACAGUGAAUCGGGGCAGUGAAGUCAUUGCAGCAGGAAUGGUUGUAAAUGACUGGUGUGCCUUUUGUGGGUUGGAUACAACCAGUACUGAACUCUCCGUUAUUGAGAGUAUCUUCAGACUGAAUGAAGCUCAGCCAAGUACCAUUGCUACCAACAUGAGAGAUUCCUUGAUUGACAGCUUGACAUGAGAAGUGUUGGUUCCUACCUUCCCGGCAGCAUCUAAGGAAUGAAAUGUCGAGCUGCACUGUGGAGUACAAAUGUCCAGACCUUCUGCUGCACACCUAGCACAAGGAAAAGGCUGCACACUGAGUUUUAUGGUGUUUUGUAAACUAAGUAUUACAAAACUGACAAAUGACCUGUACAAGUUAUAAAUAAGGAAUGCUCUGUAUCUCUUUGCUGGUACUCUCCUGUUCUUUAAUAACAAUAGAGCUCUUUCUCUCUGUAAUGCUGAACUAGACCCUCAAAAUAGCCGACAAUAUUUACUCUUACUCUUUGGGGUAUUGAUCACUAGAGAUUAUUUUGUCUUAAAUAAUGAAUCAGUGUUCUUUUGCACAGCAGUCUGUUUCAGCACACAUGCAGCACUGCCUUCUCUUUCCACACUUCUGCUAAAGAAUAGUUUCUGCUCAGGGUAGACUUAAGAGCCCUUUGCUGUUUUUAUACCAAAAGUGUCCUAAGUUUGCCUGCCGCAAAAACAUUCAGAAGGUAUCAGCUGCUCUCUUGCCCUGACUUGUGGCUCUUUCCAUGGGGCAGGGAAAGAGUACUUCUAAAGGGAGAAGUGAUCAGCUCAAAUGGAGUUUCUCAAGGAAGUUAAUCCAGGGACUUAAAACAGCAACCAAGUGUGGACUGCCUCUAUAGCAGUGUGUGUUUUGGGUUUUGAUCUGUUGCCUGCACAUGCCUGGUGACCAGUGUGCUGCUUCUGAGGCAUCUGCAAGAGGGAGCCUAGAAAAGCAUGCUACUGUCAGUAGGCCUAAGCUUACUCUACAGGAGUUGGCCACCUACAUUGGAAAAUCCGUAGAAGUCAGCAAAAAAAAAAAAAAAAAAAAAAAAAAAAGGCACUACUCUUGAGUUAUAUAGACAAAAGUUAAGUAAUCCAGUUCUAACUGGUUCCUCCAUUCUGUCACACAUUUCAGAUUUGGGAGCUGGCUAAUCCAGAGCAUCUGCUCUUAUCAGGGAGUGGUGAUGAUAAAAAAAGAGCCUUAGAUACUACAUUCAGAUAUAUGAUAGUCCUUUACUUUUAAACCUGGCUGUUUCUUAAUCUCUCAUUUCUGCUUGCCCGUUAAAAGUGUGUUGAAGGCAGAGGAAUGUCUCUGCUUCCCACUGUAGGGGAAUGUAGGAGCAUCUCUCUUGAUUCCACACAGCUGCUCUACUCUCAGUUGGGUUUCUUGGAGGAGGAAGAGUACUGUCUUGAAUACAAUGUGGAUGUGUUCUUUUUUCGGUCCUGGUCCUUCAGACUUUGUAGAAUAUUAAAAUUUUGUUUUGGUUUUGCUCUUUCGAUGUUUAGGGAAGGGUUUACAAGUUUUUAUGUGAUUAAAGGAUGUUCUUUAAAUAAGGACUGCAAUAGGAUCUUCUUUAAAUCAUAGCAGCCCUGCAGUACUGGUCUGUCUGGAAUGACAGUGGAGCCUGGGUCUGCUGUUUCCAGACAAGUCGCUUCGAUCUGCCAUUGGGGAAGCCUGUAAGCAGCCCGUAGCUCUCAUUGCUACUAUUUGGCUAAUAUUCGGGGAGGCUGGGGCGGGGGAUAUGGCCUCCUUGAUAGACUGGACAGCCUUUCUUGUUCCUAACUCCAGGUCUUCUCCUUUCAGUAAAUCUUAGUAUUGAGAGCCAGAAGCUGCUUUUCUUUGCUCACAGACUGUGUCACUGGGCGUAAAAUUGAAGAGUCUCCCCAUUGCUACAAGUGCUGGCAUGUAUUCAUCACAGCUGCGAAAGGAAUAAAGCUAAGGCCUUCCUCUGCAAUUCCUGUAACUGCAUUUUUUUUCAUUCCAACCGAUAGGCAGGAAUGCUAGUUUGUAAUGGUGAGCUUGGUGUGUAUUACGUGUUAAAAAUUGCUUAAUGGUAAACAACAACAACAACAAAAAAUCCAGUCUCUGAAAUCCAAUUCAGUGCUUAAACAGAAAAGAUACUAGCACAAUGUUGGAGAUUGUGAGAUGCCAAAAAGGGUUGGAGAAAGAAAGCAAAGGAGGAUAUUGCUGACUGUGGUGUCUUGUAAAGAUUACAUUGAUACUUGAAGAUUGGAAGAUGACAAAUGUGAUAUCAGUUGUAAACAAAAUGCGUAUGGGAAUUCAGAACUAGUAAAGUGGACCUAUGUACGAUGAAAAUUAAUAGAGAUUAUAAUAAAGAAUGGAAUUAGUGGAAA